UUCUUCCAUCUCCCAGGGAAACUGAGAACUCAGUAUGUAUAUAAAAAAGACCUCAAUUUCAUUGAUCUCUCACCAUUAUAACUUCCCAAGAACUAAUCAACCUUCCUUUUUCUCCUUUCAAUAUUUUAUAAACAUAAAAAUCAUAAUGGGUGUGUUUACUUAUGAAAUGGAGGUGAUUACGAAAAUCCCCCCAGUUAAGAUAUUCAACGCCCUUAUCCUUGAUGGUGACAAACUCAUCCCCAAGAUCGUGCCACAGGCCAUUAAAACUGUUGAGCUUAUUGAAGGAGAUGGAGGGCCUGGCAGUAUCAAGAAGAUUACUUUUGGCGAGGGAAGCCAGUUUGACUAUGUGAAGCAUAAGGUUGAAGCAUUAGACAAAGAAAAUUUCAUCUACAGUUACAGCGUGAUUGAGGGUGAUGCAUUGAUGAAAUCACUAGAGAAAAUCACCUAUGAGAUUAAGUUAGCAUCUUCUGCGGACGGUGGAUCCAUCUGCAAAAGCAUAAGCAAGUACUAUACCAUUGGGAACUUUGCGAUUACGGAAGAGCAAAUCAAAGCUGGCAAAGAAAAGUCUUCGGGAUUGUUCAAGGCCACUGAGGCCUACCUUUUGGCAAAUCCUGAUGCCUAUUAAAGUUACCAAUAUUAUAUGUUCAGAUUUGUGUUUUGGUUAAUAAGGCUUGGGGUCAAGUGUGGCAUGUAAUUUUCACUAGAUUAAAGAGUAUGUAUCGUUAAUAAGGCUUUGGGUCAACCGGCUUGUA